AUCGCCAUGAAGAGGGAUCCGGAGAUGGAUAAGCAGGCGCAGGCGUGGAUCGAGACAGUGUUGGGAGAGAAAUUCCCUCCUGGCCACAGCUACGAAGAUAGUAUCCGUGAUGGCGUCGUCCUCUGCAAACUCAUGAACAAACUCAAGCCCGGCGCCAUCCCCAAAAUCAACAAUUCUGGCAGCCAAUUCAAAAUGAUGGAAAACAUUAACAUGUUCCAGAACGCCUGCAAGGAAUAUGGGGUAUCAGAUGUGGAUGUGUUCCAAACAGUGGAUUUGUGGGAGAAGAAAGAUCUUGCCAUGGUCACCACUACCAUCUUCGCUCUUGGACGACAGACGUACAAGCACAAGGAGUACCAUGGUCCUCAUCUGGGUAAGAAGCCAUCAGACGAGAACAAGCGUGACUUCUCGGAAGAGCAACUCCGAGCUGGGGAAUCCGUGAUCGGUCUGCAGGCCGGUACCAACAAGGGAGCCAGCCAAGCCGGCCAGAGUUUCGGCAACUCUCGCCACAUCAUCUUAAAUAAAUAAGAUCCGUAUUGCAUUCAAUCACAUUCACCAUAAUUUUCUUUCGGUCUUCUCCCUUGCUCUUUUUUUUUCGAUCGAUGUGUCAUCCUUUUGCCGUUCGUUUUUUUGUCGUCUCUUCGUUCCCAUAGAAAAGCCACGGGAUUCCAAGACUUUCAUUUCGAGAUGAUCAUAACCGGAAUUCAACGUCCUCUUUCGUGUCGCAAGAAACAAGAUCGUGAGACUAAAAUUUCUCGCGUAGCUUCUUACACCGGCUGCUUCUUAUCUUGCGAUGAUUCAAUAAAAUUCUCUUUUUAUUGCAUA